UUUUGUUUUUUUUUUUUUUUUUUUUUUUUUUUCUAUCAAAUUGGCCCGAGGCGUUCUUUUUAUACCAAUGACACAGCCUCCCCUCUAAUAUCAAGCAAGAGCUGACUCGACGCAAGACAUUUUGGAUUUUUUCCCUCUACAUAUUUUCAUAUCCGGAUAUCGUUUCUUGCAUUUAUCUCUCCUGUCGAGGUUGAUUAGUCCCAUUUGCGCUUUAUCGAUCAUGAAGGCUUCAUGGAAAGCACGCCUGGCUGGCCCAGGAUAUGUCAUUCUCAAUGGCAUUCGAGUUAUCAACAUCAUCACUUUUUUGGACAUCAUUGCUGCCAGCGCGGUGAUGCUGGUGAAGAUUUCGCUGACGAGCGGCUUUUUCUUCUUCGAGGCCGUCACGCAUGCCGUGACAGCUGGUGUGAGCAUAUUCCUUCUCAUUUCCGAACUCCCCUGGUUACGCAGCUACUUCGAUCGGGAUUGGCCAUUACUCGGACAUAAUUCUGGAUUCAUCACCUUGGGGAUAGCGAUGUUCAUGCUUGGUGCCGGAGUGUUGGGCAAUCUGAACCGGAAAGAUAUGGGUCAGGACCAUCUUGGUAUGACAUUUUGGCAGAUCGUUCUUUCCGCAGGGAUUCUGGCCUUGGUCAUGAGCGCGAUUAACCUUGUUUCGAGCUUCGUUUUCGCAGAUGGUGAGAAAGGCGUCACCGCACGCCAAAUUCGAAUCUAUGGAGCGGUUGCAGGCCAGAAAGGAGAGAUUCCGCGAACCGGUAGUCACAGAACAUUCAGACUCAGCAUGAAACGCGAGGAUACCUUACCGAUAUACAGCCCUCAAGCCGGAAGGAAAUCGCCAACUGACCGAAACUCAACCCGGUUUCCUUUGAAAAUCGAGAAAAUUUCGAGCCCCCCUCCGAAUGAUGCAGCAUCGUCGAAAUACUCUAGAGAUGAUAUCAAGUCCCUCCUCAUCUUCUUCGCCCCGAUCCUCAUCCCCCGAGCAAUCAACCUCUACCGCGACUUACGAGGCACAAUAGCUUCUCGACAGUCUCCUCGUCAUCUUCCGGCUUCUGCUAAUCGAGCGUUGAACGCCCUAUUUUUUGCGAUUACCUUCUUCCUACUCCUCAGUCUGCCGUUCAACCCCCGAGCUCCGAGUCCGAACAUCUUCACGCAAACUGCCUCGCGCAUUACCACCCCGACCGAUAUUAUCUUUACUCGAUUGGCUAGAUUCCGACCGGAGAAUAUCCUGACACCCGCGGAUGAGGCCCUGAAGGCAAAGUUUACGACUAUCGUGGCCAGGAAGAUAUACCUGCGGUUUGGACCGGAACCGUUGUCGCAGUGUCACUUCUGCUCGUUUGACCAUGUCGGAACUUACAUCCUCUACUACCUCCCGUUUAAUACGCUACUGCCGCAUCUGCUCAAUAUGCUCAUCGUGGGACUGGUGACAUCCGCCCCGUUCGCCGGUCGCGAUGCGGCCGGCUGGCGCAACAAGUUCACCCUGGCCGGACUCGCCCUCGCCGCACUCGAUAUCUACAUCGUCACGACCUACGAUCCCAUCCAAUACGCACCGGCUAUCGUCCGGGCCGGAAUGGCCGCCCCCUCCGAUCUCUAUCACCAAAUCGGCCUACUGCGCCCUCUGCUACUCACCAUCUUCGACAGCGUCUGCGCGGGGCUGAUCUACCUCUCCGCCACGAACCGCCUCUUCUUCGAACCCCCCUCGCAGGCGGAGCAAGUCGGACAACUCGUGGACAUGUCGCUGCCCACGAUCGCGCAGGCCAGUUCGAAGUUACAUGCGUUGAGCGUGACGCGGAAUGCGGUGGUGCGGGACAAGGCGCUGAAGGACCACGACGAUGCGUAUUGGCGGGCGGUGGUGUCGAUGAACGGAGAGAACGCGGGCGCAGGCGUGGUCGGGAAUGGAGAUGCGAGUAUCUGGGAAGAAGAGGAAGUGGUACGGGCAAUGUCACAGGCAAUGGCUGGACAGGGAAACGUGGAUUUGGCCAAAUUGGGGGUCAAUGCGAAUGAGUAUGUGAAUGGGGUGACUGUUGCUUUGGAUGAGUAGUGAGUACCCCGUAGUAGUUAGUUGGCCUGUGCAGUGGUAAUAUAAUAGACUUGAUAUAUUUGUUCCCGCAUAGAGUUAUGUCUGUACAUAAAGCGUCUUUCGUGCAGUAGUAGCCUUCGGUUAAGUCCAGAUCAACCAGUUCGAGAGCCCAACGGAACUCGUGAAGCAGCCAUUGGCCUUGAAUUUCGGCGGUGAAGUAGUUUGGCUGCGACAGACGGGGGUGUGGGCC